AUGGUCACGCACGACACCGAUGCCAAGGUGAACUGUGAUCAAUCCACACGAACAUACUUCACUAAGCGGGACCGACCCAGUUGCGGCAUUUGUCACCGCAUAUUAUUUGCUCCUUCAACUUUAAGGAGUCACAUUGUUACUAUUUGUUACCGAGCACAGGACGAUGAAACACGUAUUCCAUGCGGAUUUUCCGCCUGUGGAAAAACGUACUCGAGCAGGAAUGGUCUAUCAAGACACAUAAAAACUGAACACGCCGAAAAUCCUACCCGAUUUCCGUGCGCGGAAGAGAAUUCAAACUCAGAACAAACCUUGAGAGACACAUUUCCACCCACACGACGGGGAAGGCCUACAUUUUUCCACUUGUGGGAAGAGUUUCGGCCAUCGGGCAACCAUGAGGAGUCACGAGGUAAAAAUAAAUAUUUGUGUGUUCCAUGUGCGCGAGGAGAUUCUAAGGCGACACAUUUGGAAAAAUCUGUCCGAAGGAUUUUCAAGUGUGAACUUUGUACCCAGAUGUCCUUGAGUAAACCUGACUUACAAAAGCAUGUUCAAGUUGUACAUGAAAAUCAGAGGAAGUAUCAGUGCGCAUUUUGUGACAAAAGAUUUUCGAAAUCGGGCAAUAUGAGACUCCACUUGGACGCGAAACAUCCCACGAAUCGGGAGAAAGUCCAUUCCUGCGACCAAUGCGAAUUCAGGAGUCAUUCGAAAGUAUAUUUAGUCCAACACGUGAAGCGUCACAGUCCUGCGAAUUAGGGGUGUUACUUCUGCCAGAAACUGUUUGGCAGUUUUUCAGGAUUAGUGAGACACUGUCGUCGGCACACUUUAGAACAGUGAAUAUCUUGAGAUAUCUCUCUCUCUCUUAUCAGUGAAAUUUGUUGUGCGUAUUUUUUGAUUUUAAUAUACCAAUUUGUAUUUAUAUUAUGAGUGUAGGACGACUAUAAAUGCAUAUGCGUAUACUUAUUUUAUUACUGCCAAUUCAAAUUUUAAAAUUCGAUUCACACAUACUUGUCAAUUUA